GAAUUGACUAAAACAUAAGAUCAAUGAAAAAGACGGAAGCGUGGUCCAAGUUGAACACAUGCAACACCCGUCCUCGUCGAGCUGAAUCUUUCAUUGUUUGUUAAAAAAAGAAAAUCAGAGUAUGAUUUACUACCUAAGCGCGCAAAGUAAGGGGAAUGGAAGGGCAAGCGGAGGACAACUUAUGGCGACACCGCCGCAAGUAUAUGAUAUGCAUAUUUUGAUUGUGCAAUGAUAUUACCCAUCCUUGUUUCUCAUUCAUAAACUCCCCAGUUAUUCGUUGUAAUGAAAAAUCGCUUCUGGUGGAUUCUAUUUUUCAGUCUUCUUUUACUGACCGUUCACGCUGAAGACAACGAUGACGACUCAAACGAUUCUGCAACGGAUAGUUCCAGCGAUGCUACCACCGAUCCUUCAAUAACCGAAACCCCGUCAUCGGUCGAUUCAGACAGUGAACCAUCGACCUCUAUGCCAUCUUCUUCGGCAACAGAUAUCCCAUCACCAGCUACGCCUGCUAGUCCCCCGGCCAUCUCUAAUGUACCGGGACUCGCGGCCAAUCAAACAUUGAAUCAACAACAACUUGACCAGCUAAAAAUAUCGUGUAGUGCUCUCCAACAGUGGUAUACUACGCUUGGCGGUCCACAAUGGUUAGAUUCUACCGGAUGGACGAAUAAUGACAUGACUUCUUGUUGUUCCUGGGCUAAAGUUUACUGUAACCCAGUAGGAGGAGUUAUACGCAUUACAUUAAUAGGAAACAAUCUAGCUGGUUCUAUUCCAAGUACUUUCCAGAGUUUUCCUCACUUGGUCCAUUUAGACAUGAGCUAUAACAAUUUGACUGGUGGUAUACCAGACUCAAUAGCAGCAGGCUUGGCUAUUCAAACAUUAAAUUUCAACUUCAAUCAGUUGAGUGGUUUGUUACCGGCCUCAUUAGGAAGUAUGCCUGUCUUGGCUAGCAUCCAUCUCGCAAACAAUACUUUCAAUGGAACCAUCCCCGACAGCUGGGCAAAUUUGCCACUUCUUAAGACGUUGGACUUGAGCAAUAACAAAUUAUCCGGUCCAUUUCCAACAUCCAUAGCGAAUUAUCGAUCGCUUGUUUCACUGUCACUGAGCAGUAACGCAUUCACGGGAUCUCUGCCUCACAAUAUCGGUAUCAUGCCAUCGUUGAAAUCACUGGUUUCAAAAAAUCAACUGACGGGCCCUAUUCCUGAAUCUCUUGGAAACAUCACUGCACUGGUCACCAUAUCCAUGAGGUCGCAGUCAUUAAACGGCCAAAUACCAUCAAGUUUGGGUAAUCUACCUAACUUGCAAGUUCUCGAUUUGACAAGAAAUAACCUCACUGGAUCUAUACCGCCUCAGCUAGGCAAUCUCGUUCACCUUCGUAACCUCCGCCUCAGUCGUAAUGCAUUGGAUGGCGCAGUGCCGGCUGAGCUAGGUCUAUGUGGCCAGCUGCAGAUAUUGACUCUGAACUACAAUGCAUUGUCCGGGACAUUCCCUUCGAUUGUUGCCCCGCCAGCUUUAGCCUUCUGUCAUAUGCAACCCAAUUCAUUCGACGCUUGUCCACCAAACGAUGUAUCGAUGAACUACUCAUCCAUGGCAUUCCAAUGCUCCGUGAACUGUACUUCAGCAAAACAUAAAAAGAGUGAAGGUAUCUCUGUUUCAUCAAAUAGCCCGUUCUUACUCACUGUAUUCAUGGCCAUAUUGGCACUCAUUGUACAAGAGGCUAUUCACGUUAUUCUUUAGUCCAGUCAGUUGGAUAAGAUAGGGCUGUCCAGAUUGGCACUUAGUUUGAUACCAAUGUAUAGCGUCGUUUUCCCUUUAAAUUGUCUUUGCUAGCAUAAUCACAAUGAAUUUCACACAGAUCAAUCAGAUUCAAGGUGCAAAACGGCAGAUUUUAUUGGA